UCAAACGCAAGAGACAACAAAACGCUGUCAGAAACGGUGCGCGUCACAUUCGGGGGGUCGCUGGCGAUUCAUUUCAGCGAACAGACCUGGGAGAGAAGGAAGGAGACGGAGAAAAACCAUGGACUGAGAAAGGAAAAAGCCGACGGCAUUCCGACACGGCAAUAAUCCAACCGUUAAAACAGCUGUUUGUCUCCAACCACCCCGCCCCCAACCGAGGGAAAAGUACAUUUUUUUCCACACUCUCUCUUCACCCCCACCCCCCCCCCCCCCCACCUUCUGCAGGAUCAAAAUGGAAAUUCUUCCUUGACAAACGGGAGAACGCCUAAGAAGCCACAAUGCGGUGAGGCUGAAAGUUGCACUGAUAUUUUAAUCUAAUCAAUAAGUGAGGGGGUUCUCGGCCAGCCCAGGGAUUGUGUGGCUGAAGAUGAUGCAGAAGCAGUUGCAGAGGGAUGAGGUUUACCGUUGGUUCGGUGAGUUGAAUUCUUCUCAGAGAGUGGAUUUCAUUUGCGGGCUACUCGAUCUCUGUAUCCCCCUGGAGCUUCGCUUCUUGGGCUCCUGCCUCGAGGACUUGGCCAAGAAAGACUAUCAUUCUCUCAGGGACUCGGAGAUCAAAGCGAACAACGUGGCUGACCUGGCCAGUUUGACGAACAUGACUGACGAAGUGGUCCGCAGCAAACUGAUCGUCUCCUUGGCCUUGCUGUGUUCCGACAACAGGGAGGCGUCUGGGGUCCUGUACCGCACCCUUACCCACAUCGAUUCCAUCAUCAACAACUAUGGCCUUCAGCUUCACGACAGGACUGGCGACGAAUUCCUGCUCUUGUUUACCAUGGCUUCCAACCAUCCUUCCUUUACCUUCCACCAGAAACAGGUUCUGAGGCAGGAGUUGCUAGAAAUCCAGAGGAUUAUCGAUAGUACUUCCAACACAAGGACGGUUCCUGUCACGGCUCCAACACCAGUUACGACUACAACCAAUUGGGACACUAGUUCGGCUGAAUGCAAGGUAAUGUACAAAGUAGAAAGCAGCGUACACUGUUUGGAGAAUGCAUUACAGACAUCAGCGCAUUCCUGUGAUGAAUCCUCCCAAAAACGGCCUUCCGGCAAGCAUUCAAGAAUAACCAUUGAGAGGAUAGAUGUAAGAGGAUUACAACACAAGAAGAAUGAGAAGACUGCUGAAUAUUACUUUGAGGUCCUGUGGUCAGAUUCUUCAAUGACACUCAUAACCAAGACCUAUCGGGAACUGAGAGAAUUUCUUUUAAAGCUUCCUCAAAUGUUCCCAGGUGAGAAUUUGGAAAAUUCCAUUCCAGAAACCACCAACCAUGACUGCUGUUAUACAGAAGAGAGAAAGUAUUCAGAUUUGGAACCAUAUCUCAGAUAUUUGAUAUCUUUGCCAUCUCAUGUGUUAAAAAACGAUUACAUACAGAAGUUCUUCUGCACUGCCAUACCCAAUCAUUCUGUUCAACACUUGAAUACCAACUCUAUACCAGUGAUGUUACAUAAAGCUAACACAAGCACUGGUGCAGCUGUAAGGCCAAUAUGUGGUGUAGCCAGCAUCCAGUGUUCCUAUAACACGGUGCAGCCAUCAAUCCCUGCUUCUUCAUGUUCCCAUUCAGUCAGCGGAAGCUCUGCGCCAGUCACUUGGCCACAUACGGAAAACUUGAAUCCACAGAAUCCAGAACAAAUUGGUAUCCUAGACUGGCUAAAGAAGUUACGUCUGCACAAGUACUAUCCUGUUUUUAAACAGCUCACAAUGGAUAAGUUCCUCAGUCUUACUGAAGAAGAUCUGAAUAAGUUUGAAACACUCACAUUAGGAGCGAAGAAAAAGCUGAAGAUGCAGCUAGAGCUUGAAAAGGAGAAGUCUGAGAAAAGAAAUAUCAAUAGUACGGGUCAGUCACCUGUUUCCAGUGCUGGUAUUGCACGGGUCACACCAACAAGUCAUUUUGGUCCCAUUCACUCGAUCCGCUGUAUCCCUAAUGCAGAACUCCGAGUGGAGGUAGAACAGCACAGUCGCAUGGGAAUUAAAGAUAGUGGAUCUUCCUCUGAAUAUUCCAGUUCACCAUCAAGUCCAAUAGGAAUUCAGGGAAGGGAGGAGAGUUCAGAUAGUGCAGAUGAAAAUGACAGACAUCCUGAGAACACAUUGGACAUUCAAAUAAAAGAAAAACCAGCAAUGUUAUCAACUCACCUGAGCAACCUAAAUACUGGCUCAUGGAGACCUACAGCACAAGUCUCUCCAGUGCAAAAUGAAACUGGAUUGGCUCACCCUAGCCAUGUAUCUUCUGCCGUUUCCACUGUACAGUUCAUGCCAGUGAUCUCUUCAAACAUUGCCCCCAGCCGAAUGCUAAAUUCUGUACGGAAAUCAGAAAGAGGUAGUUUUGAUAUGAAGCCUAUUACUGGAGUUUCUUCUCCAAUCCAUGCAAGUUCAUCUGUUGAUCUUGGAAGCAAACUUCAUGAAGGACCUGCCAGUAGCUUCAAAGUAGAGAAAAAGUUUGCCUCUCUUGGAGCCAUGGUUGUGGAUGUAAUGCCAACUUCUCCACUUCAGGCUUCCCAAAUAUCCACUAGUGUUAUGGAAAACAGUGGGAUUCCAUCUAAAGCUGUAAACUUUGGCAUUAGAACUAAAGUUGGACCUCCUUCCAUGGAUAGUACACCUAAAACAACUCCAUUAACAUUACCGAAAGUGGACACCAGUUCUUCCACUACAACAUCUAACCCUGCAUAUAACCUUCCUCAUGCUCCAAUGAAGCUUCUUGUCUCCUCCUCUAUUCCUACAGAAUCUAUGCUGGUGGGACAAACUGCCUAUAAUAGUGUUGUACAAGUUAAAAGUGUCUCACCUGCUGUAAUAAGUUCAAGGACAGUUCCUUAUUCAGCCAACACCAAAGUUGCCUUUUCAACAAUGCAGUGUUCACCUGUAACUUCCAUCUCUGGCCCUUUCUGUGCAAAUAAUAACAAUGCACCUGCCAAUAGUCACUCUUCUGUGUCCUUCACAAACAUUGUGAGUGUGCCAAAUUGUCCUAUUCCUAGCUCCAGCCCAACCCUCUCCUCUGUGGCUGAAAACAGUUAUAUUAACAGCAAUAAUGGUAGUGGUGGCUCAGGAAUGAAUGUCCCUAUGCAGCAGCAGCAGCAGCAAACUGGGUGUAAUGUGUGCAGUUCAUGUGGCUGCAGUGGAAACUGUGGUUCAAAUCCUGUUACAAUUAACUAUGCCAAUUACUUCCAAAGCCCAUUUUCAGGCCAUUCAGUGUUAACUUUUCCAAUUUUCCCAUUCAAUCCAUUAUGUAAUAGUGGUUACAUCAGCACCCAAUAUAACAACGGUACUGCCUUUCCCUAUCCAGUUGUUCCACCCCCUGCUUACAAUACUGGCUUGACUCCUGAUUCCAUCUUAAGUGGGCAAUCAAACUUUGUCAUGCCUCCCAUGCAAAAUUUCCUGGGUGGUACCACUGCAGUAUAUCAGACACAAAACAUGCUAGGAAGCACAAAUGGACCAGGACAUAAAAAGAAUGGGCAUAUUUCAUGCUACAAUUGUGGGGCUAAUGGACACCGAGCUCAGGAUUGCAAGCAGCCAGCUAUGGAUUCUAAUCAGCAAGGUACUUUUAGACUGAAGUAUGCCCCUCCAUCUGAACGUAUGGACUCAGCAGACUAGCAUUUGGAAAUAUGCAUUAGCAUGUAUCACAAUGUGCCAUUGAGUAAACCAAUAGCAGGUACAAAGAAAGAUGCAAAGAUGUUUCAUGGAUAUCUUGACCUGCUAAAUUAAUUUCCUGCUGUUUUUAUCCAAAGGUGCUUUUUUAAACAAAUUCUUAUACGGGAAUAGAAACUACACUACGCAUGCACUAGCUGUAAAUAUAACUGAGUUUCAAGAUGUAUUGGCUAAAACCAGAAUCAGUGUGUUUAGCUAAAAUUGUGCAAUGACAUUGCACGAAGAAAAUGGAAUGUAUCCAGAACUCUUAUAUAACUAUGGAUAUUCCUAUAAACUGUAACAAACAGCAGAACUAUUUUCGUUUUGAUAGCCUAUUGUACAGCUUUACAAGAAUGGAGAAAAGGGGGAAACCUCCAGAGGGAGGAACAAGAAACUUGAUGAAAUAAUUUGCUGUUACAUUUACAAUGCAAUAUUGAUGGAGCACAGCAGAGUUGACCAAAGCACUCUCAUCUGAUCACCAAGUUAGGGAAGACGUUUGGAAAACAUUGCUGAAAGAACAAAAAGACUCUUCCAUCUCUGAGAAGAUGCUUUGAGCCUAGAUUUGGCUGGGUGGGAAAGCUUAUAUUUGUUUUUGUAAGGUUCUUCAACUUGUAUAUUUUUAAGAAAGAGUCCUUUACAUGUAAAAAGAUGCAAACAAAUAUUUUUUUGUAAAGUAAGUGUGUUUUUUGUAGAAACAUUCUGUCAAGUUCUCCUGAAUCAAUUUGUCAUGUUUACAAGUAUUGUGCGUGCGUGCGUGUAUACAGAAGAACCUUUACACAUGUCCGUAUUUAAGGAGAGCAUUGAAUAUGUCUGUAUUUAAGGUGAACAUUGAACUAGUCCUGCAAUCUGUAACUUGGAUGAACUUGCAUUUCACACUAAGCAAAGUCAGUUUACUCUUCAGUGUGAAAAGGAAGCCUGUUGUUUUCUGUCAACAUGUGGAACAUGAAAAUUGAUGUUCGCUUAUCAUCCAUGA